AUGGUGGUGGACAUGGUGGUGGACAUGGUGGUGGACAUGGUGGUGGACAUGGUGGUGGACAUGGUGGUGGACAUGGUGGUGGACAUGGUGGUGGACAUGGUGGUGGACAUGGUGGUGGACAUGGUGGUGGACAUGGUGGUAGACAUGGUGGUAGACAUGGUGGUAGACAUGGUGGUAGACAUGGUGGUAGACAUGGUGGUAGACAUGGUGGUAGACAUGGUGGUAGACAUGGUGGUAGACAUGGUGGUAGACAUGGUGGUAGACAUGGUGGUAGACAUGGUGGUAGACAUGGUGGUAGACAUGGUGGUAGACAUGGUGGUAGACAUGGUGGUAGACAUGGUGGUAGACAUGGUGGUAGACAUGGUGGUAGACAUCGGGGUGGACAUGCUGGUGGACAUGCUGGUGGACAUGGUGGUGGACAUGGUGGUGGACAUGGUGGUGGACAUGACGGUGGACAUGACGGUGGACAUUACGGUAGACAUUACGGUAGACGUGGUGGACAUUACGGUAGACAUGGUGGUGGACAUGGUGGUAGACAUUACGGUAGAUAUUACGGUGGACAUGGUGGUAGACAUUACGGUAGACGUGGUGGACAUUACGGUAGACAUGGUGGUGGACAUGGUGGUAGACAUGACGGUAGAUGUGGUGGUCAUGAUGGUAGACAUUACGGUAGACAUUACGGUGGACAUGGUGGUAGACAUUAAGGUAGACAUUACGGUAGACGUGGUGGACAUUACGGUAGACGUGGUGGACAUUACGGUAGACAUGGUGGUGGACAUGGUGGUGGACAUGGUGGUGGACAUGCUGGUGGACAUGCUGGUGGACAUGGUGGUGGACAUGGUGGUGGACAUGGUGGUGGACAUGGUGGUGGACAUGGUGGUGGACAUGACGGUGGACAUUAGGGUAGACAUUACGGUAGACAUUACGGUAGACGUGGUGGACAUUACGGUAGACAUGGUGGUGGACAUGGUGGUAGACAUUACGGUAGAUAUUAUGGUGGACAUGGUGGUAGACAUUACGGUAGACAUUACGGUAGACGUGGUGGACAUUACGGUAGACAUGGUGGUGGACAUGGUGGUAGACAUGACGGUAGAUGUGGUGGUCAUGAUGGUAGACAUUACGGUAGACAUUACGGUGGACAUGGUGGUAGACAUUAAGGUAGACAUUACGGUAGACGUGGUGGACAUUACGGUAGACGUGGUGGACAUUACGGUAGACAUGGUGGUGGACAUGGUGGUGGACAUGGUGGUGGACAUGCUGGUGGACAUGGUGGUGGACAUGGUGGUGGACAUGGUGGUGGACAUGACGGUGGACAUUAGGGUAGACAUUACGGUAGACAUUACGGUAGACAUUACGGUAGACGUGGUGGACAUUACGGUAGACAUGGUGGUGGACAUGGUGGUAGACAUGACGGUAGACAUUACGGUAGACAUUACGGUAGACAUUACGGUAGACAUUACGGUAGACAUUAAGACAUUACGGUAG